GCCCCACUGCUGUUUAAGCACAUGAAAACUGUAGUAAAGAGGGAUGUCAACGAAUGGGUCAUCGAGACAGAGCGGGAGGUGUCAAAGGGCUGCAAGAACGCUAAGGAUGUGGCAUUUGUGCCAUUGUUGGCUGCGUAUUUUGGCGUCAAAGAAGAGGCCCUCUUCAAAGUUUUCGAGCAUGGUACAAGUAUAACAGACGUGGUUUCUGAGUUGCCACCUACGCCCAUCAUUGCAGCACUAGGAACCAUCUUUUCGGACAAAUGCUAUGUGGCCUGUGAGCAGGAACUGUUUUGCGAAGCAUCCAAUUUCACCGAGGCAGUCUGCGUAAUGUUCCUGACUUACUAUGCUUUCAACAUGAUGUACGCGAACAAUGCUGCGACAACACUGGAAUUCUUGCAAAGGCAGCUGUUCCUCAUCAAUCCACCAACCGGUAAAAAGCGGGAAGGGGGACAGCGGUCAAGGACAGUGGUUAAUUCGAGAAAUAUGAAGCUGAACCAUGUGCUUCGAGCAAACGUCUCACCCGAGCAGCUGGACUCUGACCAGUGAACACAGUGCACAAUACUGCACAUUGUUACAGGUACCACGAGAAUUUGGAAAUAGUACAAAUGCCACGAUUAUUUACAAGUUUCCAUUAUACAUUGCAUUUCGCAUUCUAGAUCUAUAAGAUAUUGAGAUCAAAUAAAACUUCUGUGAAUUCACUUUGCGUAUGCUUCACAUUUGUUUUUUACGUGCACCUUUAUUCAACUUUCGGAGAACACGUUCUUUUUACGCAUGCUUAAUAUCGCACUUACAGAAGACACAUUUGUUUUUUACGUGCACCUUUAUUGCACUUUCGGAGAACACGUUCUUUUUACGCAUGCUUAAUAUCGCAUUUACAGAAGACACAUUUGUUUUUUACGUACAGCUAGCAUACCAAUUAAUGUAGUGCAAUAGAUUGUCCACGGAGUUGACUUCGUGAUCUGCUUUCCAUUUCUUUGUUACGGGGCAAGGUAAUGUUAUGUGUUAUUAGCUGUACGUGUUCUGAAUUCUACGUCAUCUCUGGUCUACCGUUUACCUUAUGCGGAAGAGUGGUCGGCAGCAUUUUAC